GUCAGAUAAAUGCAGUAGUAACACUACAGACAGCUGUUCACUGGAUUAGACUGAUGAUGAUGAAGAUUGAUGAGGGCUCCUCCUACACACGCUACAUCCCAAAUAUAAAUAAGUGGGAGUAAAACUAUGAUAGAAGUCAGAGGUCAGAGCGCCGCCUGCCGCACACACGACGAGGAACCACGUUAGCAGCUGUGUAGUUCCUCCUGUCCGGCAGGGGGCGCCGUCCGCUGCAGUCCGCCGUUUCCGUUUCCUGUGCGUUGCACUUAUCCAACAUCCGCAUCCCAUGUGAGUGGAUCAGCUCCAGAAUAGCGAUGGUUUCUGGUUUAAAGGAGAAAGUCGGGGAGGUUCUGUUGCCGGGAGAUGAGUUCUGCUUUGAGGCCGAAGACACCAUCUCUCUAACGGAGCAGGUUAAACCGGAGAAGGUGGUGUGUGGUCCGGGUCUACGGCGCAGCGGAGACCGGCUGCUGGUGUGUAAAAGUGGCGUCCUGCGACACAAGCAGCCCAACACGUUCUGGAUCGAUUCACAACAGAGGAGGUACGUCCCCGUUAAAGGAGAGAGUGUCGUUGGCAUCGUGACCGCCAAGUCAGGGGACGUCUUCAAGGUGGACUUUGGAGGAAGUGAGCAGGCGUCUCUGUCCUACCUGGCGUUUGAGGGAGCUACCAAGAGGAACAGACCCAAUGUCCAGGUGGGCGACCUGGUCUUUGCUCAGUUCCUCAUAGCCAAUAAGGACAUGGAGCCGGAGCUGGUGUGUAUCGAUGGUUCAGGACGAGCCAAUGGGAUGGGAGUGUUGGCAGGAGGAGGGUUGCUCUUCAGGGUCUCUCUAGGCCUUGUCAGAAGGCUGCUGGCCCCCCACAGCAAGAUCGAGUCCGACCUGAAGCAGCUGUUCCCCUGUGAGCUGGUGGUGGGGAUGAACGGGCGGGUGUGGGUCCACUCCUGCAGCGUCCAGCAGACCCUGAUCAUCGCAAACCUGCUGCAGAGCUGUGACACCAUGACGGCCGCCCAGAGACGGGAGCUGUUCAGGAGGGUCCAGCAGGGGGUGCUGUAGACCACAUCAGAGCUGCACCUGGCUGGACUGAAGCUGUGCACACCAGCUCUGUACUGGAAACCUUGUCUGAUCUACACAUACCAAAGAAGCAGCUGAUGGCAGAGUCGCGUCUCCUCAGCAAAUCAUCUGGCCCCGACUCUGACCCCAUUUUAUGCACACGCAGAACCAGCUGGGUUUUUGGUAUGGAUCCUGUGGGACAUGGUCUUUGCUGGAUGUGUGCUGCACUGGAGUACACUGUGAUUUAUCACAGCACAGGUUGUCAGAGAUGAAACUCACUGACAUUAAAGGACAGGUUGUGGAUUUUUCAAGCUUGCUUAUUACACGCACGUGCCCAUAUGUACGUGAGAAGAUGUCUCCAUCACUUCAUUCGCCACGCUAACCCUGAAGUUUUCCACUCAGAAUAUCACUACGCUGUAAGAAAUGAGGGACAAAAUACACAACUCUUGUCCUGUGUGAAAACUCAUUCCCAAGUUCAUCUGAGGCCCAAAUGCAGCUUCAGACAAAUCAGACUUGUUCCACAGAAAGUUCCUUCCUGGUGACGGAGGGAUACGUUCAUGAGUAGGUCUUGUUAAUGGAACUCGUGUGCUACAAACCCA